AUGGAGUAUACUUGGCUACUGUCAUCAUCAACAUUGUUGAUUAUUAGUUUUGUAACUACAAUAUUUUUAUUUUUUAAGCAACAAAGUCAAAAACGAACAAGAAAUUUACCUCCAGGUCCUCCAAAGCUACCUUUGAUAGGAAACCUCCACCAACUUGCUUCCAAAACAACCCUCCCACACCACCGUCUAGCGGAGCUGCCGAAACGCUAUGGCCCUAUCAUGCAUCUGCAGCUAGGGGAGAUUCCAAUAGUGGUGAUACCUUCACCCGAGAUGGCGAAAGAGGUCAUGAGAACUCACGAUUUAGUCCUUUGUAGUCGGCCAAAGAUGAUGAUGCCGGAAGUUGUGUUCUAUAAUUGUAGCGACAUUGCGUUAACACCCUACGGUGAGUACUGGCGGCAAGUACGUAAGAUCGCAACACUUGAGCUCUUUGCGACUCACCGUGUUCAGGCGUUUCGACCUGUCAAAGAAGAGGAGGUAAUGGAUGCCAUCAAGUCUCUAGUUACGCAGGCAAAGGCAGGGUCUGUGGUCAAUCUUAGCGACAUCAUAUUCGCUCUCAACUUUAACAUCAUUUUAAGGAUAACUAUGAACAAGAAAGGCAAAGAUGGAAAAGAAUUCAGGCAAUUAAUAGCAGAUGUAGCUGAAAUCAUCUCCGAAUUUUCAAUUAGUGACUUGUAUCCGUCAUUGAUGUUCAUAAGUACAAUUACUGGUAUGAAAGGGAAACUCCAAGGGAUAGUUAAGAGAUUUGAUAAGCUAAUGGAUCCUAUAAUUAAGGACCAUAUUUCUACAAACAGAUAUGGCAAAGAUCAAAAGGAAGACUUGGUGGAUAUUCUCUUAAAAUUUCAUAAGGAUGAAUUGCAUCUUGGCACUGAAUUCUCUCUCACCACUGAUAGCAUCAAGGCUAUAGUUUUUGAGUUGUUUGGUGCCGCAAGUGAAACAUCAUCAACGACAAUAGAAUGGGUAUUCUCUGAAUUGUUAAAGAACCCAAAAGCAAUGGAAAAGGCUCAAAAAGAAGUACGACAAGUAUUACAAGGAAAAGAAAUGAUGAUCAACCAGGAAAGUCUAGAAAAACUUGUGUACUUGAAAUUUGUUAUCAAAGAAACAUUACGACUUCAUCCUCCUUUCCCUUGCUUGGUUCCAAGAGAGUCCAUGGAUCGAUGUGUGAUCAAAGGUUAUGAAAUACCUCCCAAAACAGGAAUUUUUAUUAAUGCAUGGGCAAUUGGAAGAGAUUCUAAGUAUUGGAAAGAUUCAAACAAGUUUAAUCCAGAAAGAUUUGAAGAUUCAUCAAUAGAUUACAAAGGCACCUAUUUUGAACUGAUUCCAUUUGGCGCAGGAAGGAGGAUAUGUCCCGGAAUGGGACUAGGUAUUGCCAUAGUUGAGCUCGUGUUAGCCAUGUUACUAUACCAUUUCAACUGGGAGUUGCCAUAUGGGAGUAGUCCUGAAGAUUUGGACAUGGAUGAAACAUUUGGCAUAGUAGUAAGGAAGAAAGUUGAAUUGCAAGUGAUCCCCGUGCAUUAUUCUCUCUCAGGUUUUAAAUGAUGCCUUUGUAAGGUAUACAUUGCAUGAAGUCAUGAAUGUUGUAAGUCAUUUAAUUAACCUCACUAUAGAGAGUGUCUGUGAACUGAAAGUUUUGGGUCUAAGUUGUGCUCAACGGACCUAAAUAUUUUGUUGGAACUUUAAACCUCUUUGUAAACUGGUCUAUACUCUCUUACAAGAUUUUAAUGUUGUGUUGGUGGUACUGGUGUUGGAUAUUGAAAAUUAUUGAUUUAAAAAAAAAUCUUA